GACGGUGGAGUUCAGGGGUCAGCGUUGUACGUCAUCGCGGAGAAAGAUGGUGGAGCAGGGUGAGAUCCGCGUGGUUCGCUGCGGCGGCAGUAAAAUAAGUUUCAGGGCGCCGAUCAUCAGCACCGACUCCAGGUUCCUGUUGUGUGCUUCUGGAGACUCGGUGAAAGUUUUCAGCACCAGUACAGAGGAGUGUGUUCAUGUCCUGGAGGGUCACACUGAUCAGAUCAGCGGCAUCGCUUUAAACCCGGCCAACCACCUGCAGGUCUUCUCCUGUUCACUAGAUGGCACUGUGCGUCUUUGGGACUUCACUGAUGGAAUCCUCAUCAAGACAUACGUUAUUGGAUAUCCGACAUUCUCCAUGUACGUCUCGGAGAAACACGUCGGAGUCGUUUUUGUCAUUGUUCCCAUGGCCAGUGAGAAAAGCACCGGGUGUUUCCAAUUGGUGGCUAUUCAUCUGCCCAAGAGUCUGGAGCAGGAAGUGGAGGUGACGGAGUUGUCAGCGGUGUUGUCUGAUAUUUCUCCUAAUCCCAGUCGUACAGCUUUCGGCCGUGAGGGUGAAUAUCUGGCCUCUGUUAAGUGUCUGCAGCUGCAGGUGUUUUUCUUCAGGAAUCAGCAGACGUUCAGGUUCUCCCUGAAGGCCACGGAUAAGAAAGGUGCCAGAAACGCCUUCACGUGUGUGACCUGUCACCCUAAAGACGACUGCAUCGCUACCGGACACGAAGACGGCAAGAUCCGCCUCUGGAGAAACUUCAUUCAUAAGAAAGAGUACACGUAUUCCACUCAACACUGGCACCACAACGCCGUGAACAGCCUGUGUUUCACUCCGGAGGGGACGCACCUGCUGAGUGGAGGGGUGGAGUCUGUGCUCAUCCAAUGGCAUUAUUUCAAGGUCAACCAGAAGGAUUUCCUCCCCCGUCUGGGCGGAGCCAUUACUCACAUCUCCGUGUCUGCAGACGGACAGAUGUACAGCACCAGCCACACGGACAACAAGAUCACCAUCAUCCACUGCAGCUUCAAAGUAUUGUCAGUGAUUCAAGGCCUCGUACACGGAGAUGCCGUUCGCACGGAUCUGAUGAUUGAUCCACGCAGCAAAGCGCUGGUGCUGAACGGAAUACCCGGCCACCUUCAGUUUUACUCCCUACAGCGUGAUAAGCAGCUUUACAGCCUUGACAUAGUGCAGCAGGAGUACAUCUACCAGGAAGGACUGGACCAGUUUGACGUGGUGAGGGCAGCGCUUGACGUCCGUGGCUCGUGGUUGGCUACGGUGGAAGAGAGAGGCAGCAAAGGCUCCAAUCUCGAGUUUUCUCUUAAACUUUGGGGCUAUGAUGAGAAGGCGCAAAGCUUUGAACUGAACACCACCAUAACGGCUGCCCACAAUGAUGGGAUUACAGCCAUGUGCUUUAGCCCUGCCACAGAGACCACCCUGCUGGUGACCACCGCCAAAGACGGCCAGUUCAAAGUCUGGCUGCUCGGGUCAGACUCGGACACGCAGAAGGAACAGGCCUCCUGGUCAUGUGACUUUGUGGGCAGCUACCACGGCCUGCAACCAACCAACUGCUGUUUCUCGGCUGAUGGCUCUCUGCUGGCCGUGUGCUUUGGGGAAGUGGUGACUGUGUGGAGCGUGGACACAUGGGGGCUUUUGACCACACUGUGCCAGCCACCAGGGGCCAUCAGGGAUCUCUGCUUUGGGCGUCUGAGCAGCUCCAAAUACCUGCUCGGCACCACCAGUAAAAAUCUGCUGUGCUGCUGGAACCUUCUCACCUGCUCACUGGAAUGGAGCACAUCGAUGGAUGUGUGUCUACUGCGGUCAGACCCUCUGUCUGAAAACGUGGCUGCAUUUUGCUACCACUCUGGAAACACUGACUUGUUUGUUUUCAAACCCAGCGAGCCAAGGCCCCUGUUUACCCAGAAGGCCGUGUGCUCGGGAAAAGUUCAGCGCUCUGUGUUUGCUCCGAGAGACGAGCCGCUGGACAGCUGUGACGAGAGGACGCAGUGGCUCAACAGAUCUCGCCUCUACUUCCUCACCAAAAACAUGGACUUACUGACCUUCAGCACCAGAACAGAGGAUGAGCGAAUACUGAACUCGAGGAAACAGCUGCUGGUGGCUGAUAGUGUGGCUGUUACACCGUUUUACCUGUUGCUGGGGAAACACAACCCGGCGCAGGAGAAGAAGGACUCGGCUUCCGGUCAGACCUCCGACAGAGCGCAGCUUCCUCAGGGAUCAGCCACCGUUAAAGAGUUGCUGCACACUCCAGCUCACGUGCUUCCUGCAGCCUCGGUCCUGUGCUCAAUGUUCGUCAGAUCUCUACUCAUCUCCAACAGGAGCAGAGAGGAGAAGGAAACACUCGAACAGGAAGAAGAAAGCGAGAAAGAGGAAGACGAUUCAGAAGAGGAAAUGGAAACGAGCGAUCGUCAACAGGAAGUUCGAACUGUGGGCUCCGCACUGGAGCCGACACUGCAGCUCUCCAAAGAGGAGGAAAGGGAACUGAGGAGUGUGAGGAAAACGGACUUCAGCUGGAUUUCGAGUUAUUUCAACUCGUAAUUGAACACCAACCAGAACACACACACCUCAGCACUGUGGCUCUAAUGUUGGAUCUUAUAUGGUAUAUAUAUAUAUAUAUAUAUAUAUAUAUAUAUAUAUAUAUAUAUAUAUAUAUAUAUAUAUAUAAUAUAAUAUUUGUGCCAUUGAUUUUGAAUUUCGUAAAUGUGUUUUAUUUUGAGAUUAUGGCUCUAGUGUGAAUUUCGAGUGACAGCAGGUGACAAUGCCGUCUCACAUCUCCAGGGUUCAAUCCAGAGCUCGGUUUCACAUGUUCACCGCGUAAAAUAAAAUAAAUCCUGAAUUCAGCAUGAAAUCCCUUUUUAAAACUCAUCAGAUGUACAAAAUUUGCUGCUGCAACGCGGUUUAAACUCGGUCGGUGACGCUUCAGCCAAUCAUCAAAUUAGAAUUUUGUGCAUGUGAUUAUUUUUAAAUUGACUUUACUUACUCUUGCUGUUCAGCAGUCCAAAAAGUCUGAUGCACGAUUUUAAAAUGAAGCAUAAAAAUCGGGUUAAAAUUCAAAUCCGAAUGGCACGAACCUCAUCUACAAAUAAUGGCGAGAAAACAUAUGAGAGAAAUGUGUUUACCAUGAACUCAUGAUCAUAAAUGUGGGUUUAGCUGGGUGAAAUCUGCGGCUGUUUUAUCGGAUGUUCUGGAGCCAGUUUUAUCCAGUUAGAUUUUACCGUAAAAAUAUAAAGGAACAAAGGAGUACAUUGUAUGAAAUGUGGUCUGGAUUAUGUCAAUUGCACCAACAUGUUUGUGAAAAAUGAAGAUUUGAGCUUGUCUAUUGUGUUUCAAAAUUAGCCAUGUUUAAAGCCUUUUUUUUUUUGGUACCAAAAAUGUUUAUUUGGUUCUUUCGUAAUCUCUUCCAGUUCCUUAAAAGCUCACGUUUUCUAAUUUCCCUUUCUCAGCCGAGUUCGUGGAGUUCAAGGUCUUGGACAAAAAAAAAAGAGAAAGAAAAAAUAGCUGAGUCACUGCUCAAUCUUGGGUGGUCACAACUUUUUAUGCUAGAACUAUGGCUCGUUUCAGUGAGUCAUAUAAUGUGGCUCAGUUCACUGAUAAGAAUUGACUGUUUUGGCUCAUUGCCAGGUGUUGUGUUUUUUUUGUUGUUGUUGUUUUUUUUAUAAACAGGCAAAAAGCUUGCACUGUUAUAACUGUUGAUUGAAGUUCUUUUCCUUAAA